CAUCAAGUGGAUCUGGAGUUGACAGUAGAUGAGCCGCUUGCAGACAGACGCACAGAUAUCCAGGAGAAGACACAUCCGCGUAUGACUGGACUUAAGCAUAACGAACAGGAUGUUUUCCUGUCAUGAUUAUGGAUUUAAUUCGUUGUCACAAUUUUGAGUUACUUGCCUGCACAAUUCUCAUCUCAUCACUGAUUGUGGUAGACGGUGCAUCCCCUGACAAGCUGCCUCCAACUGUGGACCAGUGCUCACCAAACCCUUGCCAGAACCGGGCGUUAUGUCGACUCCGGGGGGACGGCUACUCUUGCUUCUGUGUGCCGGGUUUCCAGGGGGCUCACUGUCAGAUUGAUGUGAAUGAGUGUGCUUCAGAGCCCUGCAGCAACGGAGCCACCUGUGUGGACAGAGUGGGCAGAUUCUCCUGUCUGUGUUCUCCUGGAUUCACCGGGGUCACUUGUGAGGUCCAGAUUGAUGAGUGUCAAUCGCAGCCUUGUCUCAAUGGCGGUAGUUGCCAUGACUACGCUGGAGGCUACAGUUGCACCUGCCUAUCCGGUUUCCAAGGACACCGGUGCGAAAUCAACAUUGACGAGUGCCAAGAGCAGCCAUGCCAGAAUGGGGGUCUUUGUAUAGACGGGGUGAAUGAAUACAGCUGCGACUGCUCUCACUCAGCUUUCACCGGCCGACACUGUGAGACGCCGCUGCCACCGUGCCUCUCUGAACCCUGCUUUAACAGUGCCAUCUGUAAGGACGACCACGGUAACUACACCUGUGAGUGCUGGCCUGGGUUUGAGGGGCGUCACUGUGAGGUCGACAUCAGUGAGUGUAGCAGCAGUCCUUGCCUGCGUGGAGGCCGCUGCAUCGAGAGGUCGUGGCAGGCUUUGUACGGCAGCGAGCCUCUGCUGCCUGAACACUAUGACCAGCGACAGGCUGCAGGCUACAUCUGCAGCUGCCCUCCAGGAACGACAGGUUCCCUCUGCCAGGAGGUGAUAAACCACUGUGAGUCCAGUCCCUGCCAGAAUGGGGGCAGAUGUGAGAGCUACGUUGGAGGCUACAUUUGUCACUGCCUCAAACAGAGUACUGAUGGCAUCCUUUAUGGAGGCGUAAACUGUGAUGUGAAGUUAGUGGGUUGUGAGGGCCACGAAUGUCAGAACCAAGGCUCCUGCUCUCCGUUCCUGCUGGAUGGGACUCACGGAUACACCUGUUCCUGCUCACCUGGCUACACUGGACCUCUCUGUAAGACCACCACCACCUUUUCCUUUGAACGCAGAGGGUACCUGCUGCUGCAGAGUCCCCUGGUGGAUGCCAACUGCAACAUCACCCUGAGCUUUAAGACUGUCCUGCCCAGAGCGCUGUUGUUCCAGAGGAACACCAGGGGACUGCUGCUGAGCCUGGAGCUGGACGGAGGGCAGCUACGUCUCACGCUGAGGAGAGUGGCCUCUGCAGGCGCUGAAGCAGAAAUCCUCAGCCAGGUUCUGGAGAUUUCACAGAAUGUCACAGAUGGAGAGUGGCAUUCUGUAGAGGCUGUGCUUGGAAACUGGCUGCUCAGCCUUAAACUGCUGGAUGAUGCUGGGAGCUGUGCAGGCCAGUCAUGCCACAAAGUGGCUCCAGUUCAAAGCACCCUGGCCGGGUUCGUGUCGUCUCCUCAGAGCACUUUUAUUGGAGGAAUACCUCAGGACUCAAAAGGCCGCAGUGAGCACUCUGCCCUUCCUGCAUUCAUUGGAUGCAUGCGAGAUGUGUUUGUAGACUGGCAGCUCAUCGUCCCUGAGGAAUGGCUGAGCGACUCUGCUAUUAAUGUGUCCCCCGGCUGCAGCCACAGGGACCGCUGCCUGGAUGUGCCGUGCCAAAACAGAGGACAGUGUGUAAACCUGUGGCAGAGCUACCAGUGCCGGUGCCCAAGGCCUUAUGAGGGGCAGGACUGUGAGGAGGAACAUGUGACGGCUCGCUUUGGGAACGAAGACUCUCACAGUUAUGCAGCGUUUACUAUCACCGAGGAUCUGGGUCACAACCUCUCCAUCUCCCUGUUCCUGCGUACACGGAGGCACAGUGGACUCCUCCUGGCGUUUUCCAACAGCAGCAGCCAGUAUCUGCACAUGUGGCUGGAAGACGGCAGGGUCACAGUUCAGCUCAAUAACUAUGAGAGCGUGAAGUCUGAGAGCACGAUCGAUGAUGCAGAAGUCCACUUUGUGAACCUGGAGGUGGCGGAGGGUCGUAUGGCGCUCCAUGUGGCAGCUGAGAAACAGGGUGAUGUGGAGGUUAGGACGGUCGACGUCCGAGCAGGGGAUACUGUGCAUGUGGGAGGCCUGCUGGAGAAGAGGUCGACUGCAGUGUUCGGGGGAUAUUUUAAAGGCUGCAUCCAGGACCUGAGGAUCAGUGACAGGAGGCUGCAGUUCUUUGGGUUGGACACCUCAGUGAGAUCUUAUCCUCUUGAGCUUAUGGAGAAUGUGACCGCUGGCUGCUCUGGAGACAACGCCUGCAGUAGGAAUCCGUGUCUAAAUGGGGGAAUGUGCUACUCCACGUGGGACGACUUCACCUGCACCUGCCCCCCCAACACAUCGGGGCGCCGCUGUGAGGAGGUCAGAUGGUGUGAACUGUCACCUUGCCCCACAGACGCAGAGUGCAGGAUGCUGAACCAGGGGUAUGAAUGUUACUCCAAUGCAACCUUCCUGGAUGACAGCACUGUGUUGUCCUACCAGGGAAACGGCUACAUAUCCCGCAACCUAACGAACCUCUCCCUGAGCCUGCGCACACGGAAGCGUAAUGCAGCCAUUCUACAUGCAGAAAAGAGUUCAGCUUUCAUCACAGUCUCCAUCCAGGAUGGCUUCCUCUUCAUGGAGCUUCAGAGUACCUCGGAAGGUGGCGGCAAGGUGGAGGAGAAACAGGAGGGACAGGAGGAAGGAGUGUCUCCAGUCAGUCUGAGCAGCAGGAGGAGUGUCAGCGAUGGAGAGUGGCACAGUGUCCACUUGUUCAUGGCAGCACCCUGGGCACAAACCUCUCGGUGGAGUCUGGUGCUGGAUGAAAACAUAGAGGAAGCCAGUACUUCCAAGAGCGAAGGAGGCAACCUGAACUUCCUCAGACAGGGAGUGGACAUCUUCUUAGGGGGUCUGGCUCCUGAAGCCGGCUGGUCCCUGGCUGGUUGUCUGAGCACCGUGGAGCUGGGUGGCAUCGCCCUGUCUUACCUCAGCUCCUCUGAUGUCAACCUCCCACGGCUGCAGGAGGAGCAGUUCACCCAGACAUCGCUGAGUCCGGCUCUCCUCGGCUGCAGCGGGGCCCCGGUGUGUGAACCCAACCCCUGCCUGAACGGAGGGGAGUGCCAGGACCUGUUCAACACCUACAACUGCAGCUGCACCGAGGGCUGGGCCGGGAGGCGCUGCGACUUCUUCCUGGACACCUGCGCUUCCAAUCCCUGCGUUCAUGGCAACUGCAGCAUCAACGGGCUGACCUAUGAGUGCAUCUGUGAGUUUGGAUACACCGGCGUGGACUGCGAGGAAGACUUGGAUGUGUGCGAAAACCACCUGUGCGCUCACGGAGGCACCUGUCUGCAUGGGCCGGACAGGUACGCCUGCCUCUGCCCCGAGAACUACACCGGACCCCUCUGCAAUGAACGCGUUGAAGAAAUUCCAUGGUACAUUGUUGUCAAAAAUGUCAGAAGGCCCAAGUUACCUGUUUCGGUGUGCGGCGAUGACACUAGAAACUACACCUGCUUCAACGGAGGCAACUGCACUAACCGGGAACUGUCCUGUGACUGUCCACCAGGCUUCAUCGGCCACCGAUGUGAGCAGGAGGUGGAUGAGUGUAAGUCCAACCCCUGUCUGAACGGAGGCUACUGCCGCAACCUCAUCGACAAGUUCAGCUGUGUGUGUGAAAUGAGCUUCGCUGGAGACUUGUGCCAGACGGACAUGACCUCUGACGGUCUGACCUCUGACCUCUUACUGUCCAUCAGUCUGGUGUCUGUCAUCAUGCUGCUGGUUCUCAUCCUGACCUCCGUCGGCCUCGUGGUGGCGCUGAAUCGACGUGCCACCCACGGCACCUACAGCCCCAGCCGGCAGGAGAAGGAGGGGUCGCGGGUGGAGAUGUGGAGCAUCACGCAGCCGCCGCCUAUGGAGAGACUGAUAUGAGAUGCAGGAGGUGACUGUUUCAUGCAGGAUAAUAAUCUGGUCCUGGUAGUAAUAAAAGUAACAACACCAUUAAACAAACCUCAUGUACAACUGGCUCAGUUUGGAGAUGUGGAACCUGCUUGGCAGCAUUAGAAAUGACUGCUGCUUUUCUUCAUUUGCAUACGCACGACUGAAGACUGCAGGAGAUCGUGUGACACCGUUUUUGUGUGACUGUGAAGCCGAGAGCUUCAUCCAUCUUCCUGUGAUGCUUUGCACCUGGUUUCACAGUGCACAAGUACAUCCAUCUUAACGGAAAGAGUUCAGAAUGUAUCGAGUCUGUCACAUCUGUGGGUCUGAUCCAUAUUUUUAGGACUGAUGGAGCAGCGAGUGCUGAAAGGAAAAACUGAUCUGGAUUUAGGGCCCACAAACACAUGGUCUCAAAGCCUCAUUUGUGAAGCUGAACCAGACAGGAUGGUCCUCGUUUAAAGGAUAAAUCUGGUAUUAUUCUGUAUUUUUCUUAUUGUGAGCAAACCCUGUGAAAUAAUCAAAACCAGCAGUGUGUCUCAGUCAUCCUCUGACUCCUGGUGAAGAUGAAUCAUUUGAGUUACAAAUAUAUACAUUAACUUCUGAAAAACACUCAAUAAUUUCCCAAAUGUGAGAGGCUUUUAUUUAGCCAGAAUUGCACAUAAGUGCUCUAGUGCUAUAAAAUAAAGUAAUAAGUCCAGAUUCACUGUUGCGUAGAAAGAUGUCAGCUUUUCAUAGCAUGGAGCUCUUUGGAAAUGAGAACAAAAAAAGCCAUAUCAGCCUUCGCCUACAGAGAAUGCCUGUUUUGUUUUUUAUCUUUUAAUGCGAUUUGUUAACAAUAAAAAAUACAUAUAUAAAUAGAAUAUCACAAUACUUGAGAUUUAAAUUCCUGAAAUUCCAUCCAUGUGUAUUUAUUAAAGAAAAGCCCCUAAUCUGAUUCUUUGUUCUGUAUAUUAAAUGUCAAUACGCAGUGUGUUGCUGCCUGUAUUGAUUUAUUUUCACUUCCAGUGAACAUUCCCUCUGGAUGUUUCACACUGCAGCUCCUUACUGACAGAAUCCUGUCCUUUCACAGCCAGGUUUCAGGAUUAGAGGCACUAGACAAGAAUAGUUUCUUAGAAGCUGACCUGUAUAUUGAUCAAAACAAACACUGUCUAGACUACAAUGUCAUUUUAUGUGUAUAUACUGUCAUGAUUAUUUCAAAUUGUGAAUUUUAGGUUUUUUUUAUUUUGAUUGCUGGUAACUGUAUAUAGAGAAAGUGCUGCUGGUUAAUUAAACUGAAUUUAUUUGUUUUAAUUUAUUCUAUGUCCAUAAAGUGUUUUAUUAUUAGGAACAGUGUGAUGCUGCUGUAAGACAGGGCUUGCUUUUUAAAUUUAAUUAAUAAACCUGAUAUUACUACAACAA